CCAAAACCUGCUCCAAAUUAUAGAAAAAUGACCCUUCUUCGAUAGUUUUUUUGACCUAUUUCAGAACGAUGCUCAAAGCUCCGGGAAAACCCGACGGGCAUGCAGGCACUAAAAUCCUCCUGGAUGCGAUGUCCAACGAUAAAGUCCACCUGGCAAGGUUCGUCCUGGACGCGCUGGAUGGAGAAAUCGUGGACUACAAGACAGAGAACGCACAGACCCCCCUCAUCUCUUCUAUCCUGCUUCCUGACGGCCAGACUCGAUGUAAGUUUGUGGAGCUCCUGCUGCAGAGAGGAGCCAAUGUCAACUGUCAAGACGGCGACGGACGCACGGCGCUGAGUUACGCAUGUGAGAGAGGAUACCUGGAUGCUGUGAAGAUCCUGGUCCGAAACAAUGCGGACCCGGAGAUUGUGGACGCCUGGGGGAAUACUGCGCUAAUGUACGGCGCAGUGGCAGGUCAUUCCACGGUUGUCGAGUUUUUAGUGAGAGCUUUCAAGAGGCUGGGUCUUCAGAUAGACCGGCAGAAUAAAGUUGGUAACUCUGCUGUUGAAGUGGCAAAGUUUCUGGGCCACACAGAGUGUUUCUUUGCGCUCACUAACACCUUCAAGAAGUGCCGUGAGGCUGAAGGAGCCGCUCAGGGAAAUGCGCAGCCGCGAGUUGGGAGUCUAGGAUGUGGUGAAGUCAAUGAGAAGUUUGAGGGGAAGGUUGGACAUUUAGUGAACAAACUUGAACUCCUCCAAACAUGUAACCAUGUCGAUAGUCCAUUAAUUCAAAAUUACAGCUGGCAACAAAGGCCUCGGAUAAAGCAGAGUCGGCUACCAUCGAUGGACUCUAUAGAUGAGUUUGAUAGAGAGAAUGACGGCUCUUCCUCGCCUCUACGGGAGGUGGUCUUCUCCGGAGUCCUCACCCCUAAACCUCCUCUGCGGAGUGACAAUUCUCCCAACCCCAAGUACCCCAAAACCGGGGAGAGGUUGACGCCCUCUGAUGACCACCUCCCCCCUCUUACCCAGAGCUGUGAGGCUCAAAAGUCUAUUUUCUUCUCACCCCGGCCCAAAAGAAACACUCCCAAACCCAGCGCGCCCUCCACCCUGGGUAUCUUGUUGACUCCCAUUCUUGCCAACAAAAGUGAGAAUGAGUCGGGAACAGAAAAAUCGAAAAUGUUAGACUUUGGGGUGCGCAGAUUUCACGACAGCUAUUAUCAGAAAAGAAGUAGUUUGCCAACCAGUAUCCUCAGCCCCACACCCCCGGAACGCACACUGCGUAAAUCCAGAACCGUGAGGAGGCGCGAAGCGUCUCCCUCCAAGCCUGACCCUCCUCAGUUUAACGCACCAACUGCCGCCACUUCAACCACGACUUUCUCAGUCUUGAGCAACAAACUCUUACGCCGAUUUACCUCUCCGGAGUUUAAAAAGGACGUGAAAGAUGUGGAGCAGGAUCCGGUGUUGACUUCAGGGCAAAUUCCGCGAUCAGAAACCUUUCCGCAGUGCAUAAAACAUCCCCAGGUGGGCAGUAAACCCAGCAUCGACAGCAUCAGCUCCGUAAAGUGUGAGUUUGACUUUCAAUUCAGAAUGCCUAACUCUUAAAAAAGCCAGAGUGCGCCAUGCGUAAAAAGUCCACCACUCUGGACCAGCGCGUUACUUUUAAACCUGGUUCCGUUGGAGAGGAAAUAUACUCAUUACUUUUCUACAUUCAACCCCCAAACGCGUCCUGUGAUCUCACUGACCUCCAAAUAUGAUCCUCACUGAGCUCCAAAACUCAACUGCUUUGCCCGUGAGGAGUGAUCAGCAUCCAGACAGCUCUGCAAAAGUUUCUGCCCUUUUACAUCCAGUCUGGCGAUCAAUGGAGUGAACAGAGGGAGUAAUAAUGAACGUUACAACUAUUACCUAUGAUUUAAUAACAGAAACUUCAACGGCAAUUCAAAGUACUUUGCGUAAACUAUGUGUGUAAAUGCCAGCACCUGCCAGUUGGAGUCAACCCUUCACUGCGCCUACUGAAUGAAAGCCAAUGUGUAAUCUCUCCGU